UCCCUAUUCUCAAGAAUCACUGGAUUACAUAUUAAUCAGUUCCUCAGUACUCAGCCUUUUUAAAGAAUAGAUUUCUAGUCUGCCUUGAGUAAUUAUGUGGGCAAUUACUUUUUAUUUUCACAAAAGUUGAACAAGUCAUGCUAUUCUUACUUGAGUACAAUUUUUGGUACUCUACCAGCCUCUUUCCUACUCAUUGAACAUUACUUUAGAAAAGAGAAAAACUUUUUCCUCUCAUCUAAACUGUGAAACCCCCCAGUUUGACAGUGAAACUGGGGUAUUUGGGAACAUUAGGUUUGAGCAUUCUCUUUAAAGACAAAAAAUCCAAACAUAGAUUUAAAUAUCAGAUCUUGGUUGGUGAUUGCAGUUCUGAUUUGAUGUAUAGAAGCUAAACAAAAAUUAAACACAUUUCUUUAACUGUUGAUAUGAAGGUUACGUUAUUCUUCUCUUUGCUCAGAAUAAUCAAUAUGUUUUCAUCACCCUAUCCAAACUAAUGAGUAAUGUUCACUUUACCUGCAGCACUCUCCUGUUAAGGCAGAAGAAAUGGUGCCUUUAGCUGGGACAGAGCUGAUCCACACACCUGUGCAGCUCUAUCGACACCUGCUGCGAUGCUGCAGGCAGUUACCGUCGGCAGCCAUGCAACAGCAUUACCAGCACGCCAUACGACAGGGCUACAACAGCCACUCAGACGAAGACGACCCAAAGAGGAUACACAUGAUCAUCCAGAGGGCCGUCAAGGACGCAGAAUGGAUUUUAGAUAAAUAUACCAAGAAAAAGUAGCCUCCAUUAGACAUGAGGACAUCGUGUGCUGUAAAUAUUGUUCUGUUUCCAAUAAAUUAUUUCAGUUCAAGAA